CACACACAAACACACACACAGUCCAUUAAGCCUUGCAGAAGAAUCAUCUGUGAUUGAGCAGCUCUGGGACACAGACGGAAACAGGCUCUCUGAGGAAAAGAACAAUGUCCGGUCCAAGGCCCGUGGUGCUGAGCGGCCCCUCCGGCGCAGGGAAGAGCACUCUGAUGAAGAGGCUGAUGAAGGAUCAUGAAGGCGUGUUCGGAUUCAGCGUGUCACACACGACAAGAAACCCACGACCAGGAGAGGAAGAUGGCAAAGGGCUGAACAAGCUCCCCAUGCUUCUGGGGGCUAUGUUACUGCCCGUAGCAGACAUCUUUUCCUCGGAAGACUUAGAAGUGUCAACCUCAGUUUUGAGUCCAAACGAAUCAGAAAGCACAGAGACAGAUUACCACUUCACAACGAGAGAGGCCAUGGAGGAGGGAAUCAGCAAUGGCGACUUCAUUGAGAAUGCACAGUUUUCCGGCAACAUGUACGGAACAAGCACAGCAGCUGUAGAAGACGUGCUGGCCAGGAACCUAAUCUGCAUCCUUGAUGUGGACAUCCAGGGGGUGAACAGGAUUAAACAGACUGACCUGAACCCCAUCUACAUCUCCAUCCAGCCUCCUUCCAUGGAGAUCCUAGAAGCACGUCUGAGGGACCGGCAGACAGAAACAGAGGAGAGUUUACAGAAACGUCUGGAUGCGGCGCGCAUCGACAUGGAGCUCAGUAAGGAGCCAGGAGUGUUUGAUGUUGUUAUUAUCAAUGAUGACUUAGAGAGGGCCUACAAGGAGCUGAAAGAUAUCCUCAAUGAGGAAAUCCAAAAAGUUCAGGAGGCCAAAUAAGAAGGAAACCUUAUCCAUCACUUGUCAAUCUGGCCUGAGUGACCCCAUCUUCACUGAAACACCUGAAGAAAAGCUCAGAUGGAAAAGAGGGACUCUGAAUUGAUUAUUGUUUUUUCAGUUAGGAGAAUAGGAAAUAGUUGUGUUCUGUUGAAUUCUAGUAUAGUAGAAACUCACAUUUAAAUGUAAAAUCUAAAUGAUGCUGAUUUAUAUUGAGGGAAAUAUGAAAUAAAACCCCUGUUCAUACUACAUUCAAAAAUAUGUGUGUAUGUUUGUGUGUGAGGCUGAAUAAAGUGUGAGGACAACGAUUGAUCA